GCCUGGAAGUUCUGAAGCCCUAGAGGAAGCAACAGUGAGUGUCUCUGUCCUUGCCUCUCAAUUUGCUUUCCUGUGUCCAGUGAGUAUCUUCCUGCCUGAAUGGGAGUUUUAUCCUACUGGUGCUGAGGAAGGCAGGGUCUGUGUAGCUGCUCCAGUCUAGGAGGGACAUGCUUCUUCUUCCUCUCUCCAUGUUGCUCCUGCUUCCACAAUCCCAGAGUUCCCUGGGUGAAGAAAUGGAUAUCUAUUCUGAGAAAACACUCACCGAUCCCUGCACCGUGGUUGUGUGUGCCCCACCAGCGGAUAGCCUUCGUGGUCGUGAUGGACAAGAUGGAAAAGAAGGCCCCCGGGGGGAGAAGGGGGAUCCAGGGCCUCCAGGCAUGCCUGGUCCAGCUGGGAGAGAGGGCCCCUCAGGGAGGCAGGGGAGCAUGGGACCUCCAGGCACACCAGGCCCCAAAGGAGAGACUGGGCCCAAAGGGCCUGUUGGUCCACAGGGACCUUCAGGUGCCAUGGGCCCCCCAGGACUAAAAGGGGACAGAGGUGAUCCUGGAGAAAAAGGAGCAAAGGGGGAGAGUGCAUUUUCAGAAGUUAAUACUCUGAGGCAGCGGAUGACAAACUUAGAGGGAGAAGUACAACGCCUCCGGAAUACUGUCUCCCAGUAUAGGAAAGCGGCGCUCUUCCCAUCUGGCCUGGCUGUCGAGGAGAAGAUCUUCAAGACAACAGGUGCUGAAAAAUCAUAUUCAGAUGCCCAGCAAGUCUGCAGAGAGGCUAGGGGACAGCUGGCCUCCCCACGCUCUGCAGCUGAGAACGAGGCUGUGACACAGCUGGUCAGAGCCAAGAACAAGCACGCUUACCUGAGCAUGAGUGACAUCUCCACGGAGGGCAGGUUCACCUACCCCACAGGGGAGUCACUGGUCUAUUCCAACUGGGCCAGUGGGGAGCCCAACAAUAAGGCCAAAGAUGGAGGCCCAGAGAACUGUGUUGAGAUCUAUUCUGAUGGCAAUUGGAAUGACAUAGAAUGCAGUGAGCAGCGCCUCGUGAUCUGCGAGUUCUGAACCCCCGGGGAGGAAAGGGAAAAUGUCAGGGUUGUGUGCUGCCAAUAUCUCAAUAAAAACGUGAACCUCU